AUGGAGGAAGACUCUAAACUGUUUUCACAGCGUUUAGAGGCAUUUAAUUUAAACAUGGAGCUAGAACGACAGAAAGAAGAAACUGUUUUGCAAGAAGUUACCAGCAAGUACAAAGAACUAGAAGCCGAAGUUAAGAAAAAGCGGCAGACCUUGGACAUUUCUGUGACCAAUUUGACCGAAUUAUCUCAAAAGAACUAUGAACUCGAUUCAUACCUUGAUCAGGUUUCUCUUGAGCUUGAGACUUUUAAUAUUAAUUUUCAAAGAUUUGUGGAUGCCCAUAGUAAUCAUAAAAACGGUAUUGAAAAUCUAUGCAAAACGAUAAAAGAAGAAAUUUUAUCAGCCUUCCACGCUUCCCUUGAUCUGGCCAAAGAAGCUGGUGUUGAUUUGUGA